GGGAAUGAUGUGGAGGGUAGCACUAAUGUCUGGUACAAUCCUUGCUGUCUUGAAUCACCGCUUCUCUCGGCACGAGUGACGCUUUUCCUCUUUGCGUUGAGUCCAGCAAACCACUGUGAGAGGGGGAAGAGGGGGAACGCAAGAUUCCCAGGGGGAAAAUGGAAAUAGGUCUUACUCCCAAACAAUCUGCUCCGCUUAGAUAAAGGCUGUGAUGAAGGAGCGGCGCUCUGAAAGCUACUGUGCUUCCAAUUAAACCUGUUGGAAUAUAACCUGGGGUGUCGUGUGAUUUUUUAACUUUGAUAAAGGGACUGCAUCAAAGAGCCAUUCUUGACAGCAGAAGCUAAAGUUUCAGCCGGACCUAACCGCACGCUCUGUUCGUGGGAGAACUUCUGGAUUGUACAACAUUCAUUUCCAACUCCUGGAUUUGCUCGCUGUAUUUUUUAUAACGGAAGAUAAACAUGUGUGUUUGCCGGCUGUACUGUUUGACGUUCGCUUUUCAUCUAACAGGAGCAAUUUUGGACCUCUACCUAAUCACGGACCUCAAUUCUUCGAACGUAUUUCCUCUUUCCUGCGUGUCCGGUGAGCGUCGUUCUGAUGGACCUGAACUUAAAAUGGAAAAGGACAGUUCGAUAGUUCAAGUGAAAAAACACAAUUUCAAUUAUGAAACUGACUCCAGCAGACACAAUGGCAUCCAGGCGACAGGCUCCAGUAAGGAUUGGGAACAGGUGGGGAUCUACUACUGCGAAGGAAGACGACAGACAGAGAAAACUCACAUUGUGACAAUUAUCAACAGCAAUGCAGCUGAAUUCUACCCAAGCAAGCUCACAACAACAGUGAACAAGGGGGAAACAGCUCUGCUUGUAGUCCAGAAACUGAAUGCUGUGAAUGAAGAUGUCAUGUGGAAGUGUAAUGGUACCUACUUCAGUACAAUUCACGUUAAUGAAAUCGAGAACGGGACUGUUUCCUUGAAGAUUGAUAAUGCAACUCCUUCUCACACAUGUGUUUAUAGCACAUCAGCACUUAGUGGGAAUUUUCUGAAUGGAGUUUUCUUCAGACUUAUAGUCCGAGCUUGUCCUCAUAAGAAGUGGGGAACAGCUUGUGAUAAAGACUGCCCUGAUUGUCUCAAUGGGGGAAUCUGUCAUGAAGGUACAGGGGAAUGUAUCUGUGGACCAGGCUUUACUGGAGAAAACUGUGAGAUGGUCUGUGAGAAAGGAAAAUUUGGUCGCAAUUGCCAGGAAGACUGUAAGCGCCAGAAGAACUGCAGCGGCUAUAGAUUUUGUCUGCCUGAUCCCUACGGUUGUUCAUGUGCUGCCGGUUGGCAUGGGAGGAAAUGCAGUGAAGAGUGUAGCCCAAACACCUAUGGACCAGAAUGUAGGCUGAAGUGUCAGUGUCAAAAUGGAGCAUCAUGUGAUCGAUUCCACGGCUGUAAAUGCCCAGUUGGAUGGCAUGGCCAAUACUGUGAGAAAUCAGAUCACAUCCCAAAGAUCGUUGACACAUUUACAGAAGUUGAACUGAACCUUAACUCAAGCCCAGUAAUGAAAUGCUCUGCCUCAGCAAAACCACUGCCCAGUAACAAGGAAAUUCAGAUCCGUAAACCUAAUGGAGCAAUUUUGAAGGCAACCAAAUCCAUCAUGCAAGGGAAUUUAACCACUUCAGAAUUCAAAUUGCCACAGAUAAGUUUGUUGGAUGCGGGGGUCUGGGAGUGUAGAGUCAGCACAUCCACUGGCACUGACUCGAGGAGAUUCAAAAUCAUUGUGAAAGAACCUCCUGUCCCAAUAAGCAUACCAAGACUCCUGGAAAAGAAAAGCAAGCAACUAAAAGUGGAUCCAAACAGCGUGAACUUCACUGGAGAUGGGCCGGUGAAAUCUGUGAAACUGCUCUAUAAGCCAAAUGACAGUGGGGCGCAGUGGUCUUCAAUAGUAGUUGAUAAUAAUGAGCCAAUCACACUGAUGAAUUUGAAACCUUCAACAAGCUAUCUGGUUCGGGUACAGCUCACUCGUCCCGGAGACGGAGGAGAGGGGCCCCCAGGUCCCGAUGCUAUCUUGGAAACGGAUUGUCCAGAACCCACUAUGGUGGCAAAGAUUGACCGGGCUUUGGCCGAGGGUAGGGACACCAUCUCAGUCAGCUGGAACGUCUCCAAAGAUCAUGAGCCUGGAACUGGGUUUGUUGUCCGAGUCACUGGCUCUGGAAAUUCUAUUAAGAAAGAGGUUCGAGUGCAGCCCCUGUCAGUCCGGUCAACACAGAUAACAAAUCUACAACCUGGACAAGCGUACAAGGUGGACGUCAUGGUAUACCAUUGUGACAGUCUUGGGCCACCAUCUGAGUCAGUCAUGGUGGAAGUAGAUGCAGGCCCACCACCUCCCAGAAAUCUACAGGCUAUCCCCUUGUCCCUGACCAGCAUACAACUGAAAUGGCUGCCGCCUCUCAGCACAAAGGAGAUAAACAAAUACACCAUUGAGUACCAGCAGGUGGAACCACUCAGCAAGCCCACAUGGAUCGAUACGACUGGAAAUAAAACUCUCAAUGAUCUAAGUCCCAGCACACAGUACCAGUUUCGUGUCCGUGCCCAGUCCAAUGUUGCAGGUGAAUGGAGCACUCCUGUCACAUCUUGGACCUUCAGUAACUCUAUUCCUCCAGCACCUUAUGACAUUAAAAUAUCAAAUGUUACUGACACAUCUGCAGUGAUCUCCUGGGUGUUACCAAAAAAACAUGCCAUCUCCUCUGUGGUUAUAAGAUGUAAGGUGUAUGGUGCAACAACAUACACUGAAGAUAUAUCAAUCAACUUGGCAGAGAUGCCAACUUCAGAGUACGUCUUGAAGGGGUUACAACCUGAGACUCCCUACUUAGUGGAGGUCUUAGCCAAGAACAAUAAGGGGGAGAGCAAACCAAAUGUAAUGAAAGAACUUCGAACGGCAGCAACUCCACCAGCUACUUCUGGUAUUGUUCAGACACCAAAACCUUUGGAACCUCUCACUGGUGGCGACCAGCAACUCUUGAUGGCCAUUGUGGGUUCAGUGUCCGUCACCUGUCUGACCAUCCUCCUUGCACUUCUGGGUCUCUUCUGUGUACGUAAAACCCUCUUUCAGCGACGUCGAACAUUCACUUACCAAUCAGGAUCUGGUGAAGAGACAGUCCUUCAGUUUAACUCUGGAACUCUGACGCUCACACGCAGGCCAAAGCCACAGCCCGAGCCGUUGACUUACCCUAUCCUAGAAUGGGACGACAUCAAAUUCGAGGAUGUUAUCGGAGAAGGAAAUUUUGGGCAAGUCAUCAAAGCCUUAAUUAAAAAGGAUGGACUGAAGAUGAAUGCUGCAAUAAAAAUGUUAAAAGAAUUUGCAUCUGAGAAUGAUCACAGAGACUUUGCUGGAGAACUGGAGGUUUUGUGUAAACUUGGGCAUCAUCCCAAUAUCAUCAAUCUGCUGGGAGCCUGUGAGAACCGAGGUUACCUGUACAUUGCGAUUGAAUAUGCCCCAUAUGGAAACCUUUUGGAUUUUCUACGGAAGAGCAGAGUUCUGGAAACAGACCCAGCCUUUGCAAGGGAGCAUGGAACUGCAUCAACACUGACAUCUCAGCAGCUCCUACAGUUUGCAUCUGAUGUGACAAAGGGAAUGCAAUAUUUGAGUGAGAAACAGUUCAUUCAUAGGGAUCUCGCAGCCAGAAAUGUGUUAGUGGGAGAAAAUCUUGUGGCGAAAAUCGCAGACUUUGGACUUUCCCGAGGGGAAGAGGUGUAUGUAAAAAAGACAAUGGGAAGGCUUCCAGUGCGGUGGAUGGCAAUUGAAUCCUUAAACUACAGCGUCUAUACAACUAAAAGUGACGUCUGGUCAUUUGGAGUGUUGUUAUGGGAGAUUGUCAGUCUUGGUGGAACACCAUAUUGUGGAAUGACAUGUGCAGAACUUUAUGAGAAAUUACCACAGGGCUUCCGGAUGGAGAAGCCUCUGAAUUGUGAUGAUGAAGUCUAUGAAUUCAUGAGACAAUGCUGGAGGGACCGGCCCUAUGAGCGACCGACCUUUGCACAGAUUUCAGUGCAACUGAACCGAAUGCUUGAAGCAAGAAAGGCUUACGUGAACACAGCUUUAUUUGAAAACUUCACUUAUGCUGGAAUAGAUGCUACAGCAGAAGAAGUGUGAUAUCCAGGCUACCCCUGGGCUCAUGCAAAUAGGAACACUACCUGAGGUCAUGUGGGUUCAUGCUAAUGAUGCUCACAGACUGCUCCACAGUCUACAAUCCCUGUUCAAAGAGAUUGCAAAAAGCCUGAAGUUGACUGCUUGCACCAUGAGCCAACAAGCUAAAGUAAAAUAUGAAAAGAAAUGAUUACUUCCACAUUAUAAAGAUUGAUGUGAGUUUAAGACCUCUCCCUAAUCCCUGUGACAGAGUGGAUGACUGUUCUAAUCCAAAUGAUGGAAUAGGGAUCUUCAAACUAUCUUGUGAGUUGUGAGAUUGAGGUUGCCUGCCCAGCUUCACCUGAAAAUCAGCUGUGGAAAUGGCAUCUUUACAUCCGAUAAAUAAGACAGCAUUACUCAAUUCCAACUUAAGAACAAGACUCUCUGCAACGUGGCAGUUGGAACAAAAAACUGAGUGAAAUACAAUACUAAUGAUGAAGUCAGUCAUUUGAAUGUGUGCAGUGGGGAGAUGAUGGUGUACUGGCAAUAUCACUGAACUAGUAAUCCAAGGACCCAGAUUAACACUGUGGGGACAUGGGUUCAAAUCCCAUCAUGGCUGCUCGUGGGAUUCAAAUUCAAUUUAUAAAAGUCUAAAAUGCAAAACUAGUUUCAGUAAUGAUACCAUGAAGCUACCAUUGAUUGUUACAAAAAAGUAUAUCUGGUUCAUUAAAGGCCUAUAGGGAAGGAAAUGUGUCAUCAUUACCCGGUGCAGCCUCUGUGUGAUGCCAGACCCACAACAAGGUGGUUGACUCUUAACUGCCCUCUGAAAUAGCCCAGCAACCAACACAGCUGAAGGGCAAUUAGGGAUGGGCAAGAAAUGAUGGCCUUGUCAGCAAUGCACACCUGCCAUGAAAUAAAGAAAAAAAUGAAUGUU